AUGGACAGUGCCUGUGAGUCGCCAAUGGACAAAGGUGGAGAGAAAGUGGAGUCAAAUGAGACACCCGCCGCUACCUUGGGCGCAGGGACCACCAACACAGACGGAAUCCCGGAGGAAACUGAAGGGGACGGAGUUGUGGACUUGAAAGAAACCUCGGUGGAAGAAGGCGAGCUCAAGAGUCAGGACGUCUCAGCUAUAAUAGCAGCUGAAAGGGAAGACUCAUCACUACUUAAUUCUGCAGCCAAAAAACUGAAAAUCGAUACCAAAGAGAAGAAAGAAAAGAAACAGAAAGUAGAUGAAGAUGAGAUUCAGAAGAUGCAAAUCCUAGUUUCUUCUUUUUCUGAGGAGCAGCUGAAUCGUUAUGAAAUGUAUCGCCGGUCAGCUUUCCCCAAGGCAGCCAUUAAAAGGCUGAUCCAGUCCAUCACUGGCACCUCUGUAUCUCAGAAUGUUGUGAUUGCUAUGUCUGGUAUUUCCAAGGUCUUCGUUGGGGAGGUGGUAGAAGAAGCAUUGGACGUAUGUGAGAAAUGGGGAGAGAUGCCACCACUACAACCCAAGCACAUGAGGGAGGCUGUUCGGAGGUUAAAGUCGAAGGGGCAGAUCCCUAACUCAAAGCACAAGAAAAUCAUCUUCUUCUAAGCCAAAGCCUAGAAAAGUCCUGUUAAUGAAAGAAGUACUGACUCUACCUAUCCUGUGAGACUGUCUGUACUGGCGCUUCAGGGUCUCAGUCCACCAAGGAUUUGAUGAUGAUUUUGGUGGCUUCCUCAAAACUGGUUUUUGUCACACCUAGAAGUAUAUAUCCUUGUUUCAUACCUGCGUUGACUAA